UACACUAAUUUUUUAAACCAAAGGUCCAUGUAGUGGGGAGUUUACUUUUGAAGUUCAUGUAGACCAUGAAUUGAAUAAGAAUAGUGGCAAACAUUUCUCGAAGGAGAAGGCCAGCAUGUUCUAUGAUUAUGCUGACAUUGACGAAUUAUCCCUCCUUGACUUGCCUGAUAUAUAUGAGAAGUGUGGUGGGAAGAUUCAAAAACCAACAUUCUACUGGAAAGCUCCCGAUGAUGAUUCAAUGAUGGAGAUUGCCAACGAUGGGGACUUGAUGGCCAUGGCUGCAACAGCAAACCAACCCCCUCGCAUCAUAGAGCUUUUUGCCAUAGGGGAUAAGGAAGUUCAGGAAUUUAUGGGUAGUGACCUGGAGGAAGAUGGAAACGGAGGAUUGGUGAAUGAUGCAGCUUUGUUUGGUCAUUCUGCUGAGGAGGACGUGGACUACAACAUAUCGGAGGAUGAUAGUGACUAUGAGGGUGACUCUAAAAUGGCCAAUAGUGAUGGGUCUCAUGCCAGCCCUGGACUUGAUAUUUCCCUACGCAGAGAAGAGGCAUUGUGCAAGGCAUUUGUACACUAAUUUACAGAGUGCAUGUGGAGCAUCCCAAAUGAUGAAGGACUUGUUUUGGACAGCUGCUAGAGCCACCACAGUACCUGAAUUUCAUACUUCCAUGAAAGCACUUGCAGACUACAACAAAACAGCCUAUGAUUGGCUUGUUGAGAAGCCAUUUUAUCACUGGACCAGGUCACAUUUCCUCACUCAUGUUAAUUCUGAUGUGCUUACUAGCAACAUGGUUGAAUCAUGGAAUGAUACAAUACUGGAUGAGAGAGAUGUGGCUCAUAUUACUGUGUGGGAGGGGAUAAGAAGGAAGUAGAUGUUGCAGUAUGCUUGUAGAAGGCGUAUAGUGGAUAAGUGCUGUGGUCCUUUAAGUCGAAAAUUUGAGAAAAAAGUUAAGGAGUUGAGGGAAGAGGCUCGCAAGUGGGUGGCUGAAUGUAAUGGAAAUGCAGAGUUCGAAGUUAGGUGGCACAACAAGCAGCUUGUGGUGAAUUUAAGAGAAAAGACAUGUACUUGUAGGAGGUGUGAGCUGAAUGGUAUUCCUUGUGAACAUGCAAUUCAAGCUAUUAUUAGGGCCGGUAGAAAUGUCUGCGAUUAUGUGGCUCUAUGUUACCUUAAGGAUGCACAAAGGAGAAUCUAUCAAUUCUCUAUCUCGCCUACUGUCAACAAGGAGCAUUGGAUUCUUUCUGAAUUAGGUGAUGUUGGAGUUCCUGCACUUUCUGAGUCGGUAAAUAGACGAAGGCCAAAGAAAGCUAGAAGAAAAGGAAGUUGAUGAAGUUGGAAAGAGCCGAAAAGAACAGGCUUGCUGCACUAAAGAAACUGGAACAAAAUGGAAGAAAGGGUGGGAGACAAGCACAAAGACAACCACAUACUGUCCAAUUGAUGUCAGAUGUAUAUCUUUAGUUCUUUGUUUCCAUUUUUAACAAGUGUAAGUGAAUGCUUCCUAAACGUAGUCAUUGUGUCCAACUUUGCAGGGAAGUACCCGGAGGCCAUCAAAUCAUGUGACUCAGCAAGGAAGCCAAGCCACUCAAGUCUCUCAUAUAGCAAGCCAAGUGACUCAGCUACAAAAUCCAUGAAGAGUGGUUGUUUUAGAGGAUGUUUAGGUAAUGUAGUAGUGGAUGUCUAAUUGAAGUUUGUAGUGAUUGUUUAGGUCAUGUAGUAGUGGAUUGUAAACCGUAUGAUAUGCUCUUUUGCUAAACAGCCUAGGUUGCUUAUCAGGUACCAUUGUUGGGGUAACUAAUGGAGCCUUUCAGUCAUGGCUCUUGUAAUCAGGUAAUGAUUUGGACUUGUUUUGGUCAUCAGGUGCCAGUGUUGGUUAACUUAUGGAGCCUUUCAGUCAUGGCUCUUGUAAAUCAGGUUAUGAUUUGCACAUUUUGUGGACAAGAAAACGAUUACUAAUGCAUGUAAGCCUUGUUAAGUAUGAAUGGUUAGCUACCUUUCUUGAUGAUGCAGUCAUCCUUUAUUCCCAGCACUGGCUAUUCAACACAUACCAGUGGCAUAAAUCUCCAUUAAAUUUGAGUGAUCAAAUACCAGUGGCAUAAAUCUACAUUUCCAAUUCCACUUACAGAAUCUCCGGUUACAAAUUAUAAGCUACGGCUAAACAAAGUAGCUAAACAAACACACAUUAAACAUUCCCCUCAAACCCACCCAUUCUUAAUUCCCUUACAUAGUAGACAUUCCCUUCAAACCCACCCACCAUUCUUAAUUCCAUUACACAGUAGACAUUCCCCUCAAACCCACACACCAUUCUUAAUUUGCAUUCCAAAGGAAUGAACAAAGAAUAUCAACAAAGACGAAGAUGUACACUUUUUUAGUCAGAAAAUUGGACUCCCUCUCCUGCUGCCUCUUCUCUAGCUCACGAAUGCGGCGAUGGAGGUUGAGCACCAAAUAUUUCACGUGGUCAUCAAGAACUGGGCCAUGCCAUCUAAAGUAAUUCAAUGUUCCGCCUCUCUACACAUUAACACACAAAACAAAGAAGCAGAAGGAUGAGAAACCAACCAGUGAACAGAUCGGCAGAGAAAUACGAAGGGCUGGGUCUCCUACCCCAAACUUGCCGCACCCAAAGAACCUCCUACCCGGAUUCGCAUCCGUCCAACUCGUCUUCAGACUUGCUGGAUCUCCACAGUGACAAAAUGGGCCUUCCAUUUCUUAGCUGGUUCUCGCCUAACAGAGCAACUAAGGAGGAAGAAGAAGACGUGGAGAGAGAAGAUAGAAGAAUAAGGGUUUAAUGAAUAUAAAUAGGGUAGAAAUCCCUAGGAUAGAUUGUGAAAAGGGGGGUGGGGGGGGGGGGGGGGGAAGGCUCGUUCUUCCCGCCCAUACUAGGUCAAUGCUUAAAAGUAAGUUGACUCGGUUUUUUGACUGCCAACUUGGCACUUCCGUAGGCCACGUCAUUGAAAAACGGAUUGCAUUAACGGAGUCGGACGGAGUUAAACGGCCAGUGAGCAUCAGUGAAAUAAAAGUAUAAUGUGGGUGACGAUUAAGAAAGGGAAAAUUUUCCGGUGGCAAACGUGAAACAAAUAUGUAAUCUGAGUGACCAAAUGUGAAAUUCACCCUAAAAAAAGAGAGGGAAAUGCCCUGCCGGGUCGAGUAACCGUUCGGUUACUCAAACUAAUUAAGUGCCCUAUUUGGUUUAUUUUGAGGGUUAGUGUUAUGUAAUAUAUUUAUGUUUUACUUAAUUUAGUUUGCUCAUUAAAAUUAGGAUUGAUUAUUAUUAGACGUGGGUUAGUGUGUCAGUAGUUAACUAAAAUUAACGGUUAACUACUUAACUCCCUAGUUUUUAGUUAGAUUAGCUCUAGCCUUUAGUAUUUAAGAAUGGUUUAAGAUUGAAGAAGGCAGAGAUAAAAAAAAUGUAAAAGACGAGAGUCUUGUUCAAGGUUGGCUUUUCUAAAAAAAGAUUAGAAGUUAUGUUCUCGUCAUCAAGGAGAACGAAACUUUCUUUUCAAUAUCUUUUCUUAAUCUCCCUCGCUUUAUAUCUUUCUCGAAAAAGUGCACAUAACCGCUAGACGGUUAAUUGCUAAAAUAAUCAUUAGUCAAUGGGUUAGUAGUCAGAAAUCAAUCAUUAGACAACAAUUAACUGCUAACUGACUCGACUUGAUGAUCGCAUUCACACCUAAUUAUAUGACAUCGGAUCUAGCUAGUUCCCAAACCACGCAUGCCCACUUACAAACAACAACGAGAGUACUGAAACACUUCCAUGAGUCGUGCCGCGUUUGCCCCAGCAGAACCUCCAGUAUAGUGUUUAUGACCAUAGUUAACUUAAAACCCAGUGUUUCCCCAGCGAGAAAAUCUAGAUGAACAGAAUUGGAUUUGCACCUUUGACUUCCAAACAAACGAUUAACAAACACAAUCGACACCUCUUUGAACAUAGUUCAAACAAGGGUGUUCGAUGUUCUUGAUGAUCUACGAGGAAAACUAAAUUACAUUAACUCUACUCCUAUGGAAGUUCAGUGAGAGCUCCGAAACUACAAAUAUGGCUAUGACUACAUUUGCAGAGGAAAAGGUAAAGAUAAAAGGAUACAAUUUGACAUUGUGUUGUCUGGUGUGAUUUUGGCGAACCCUUUCUCCGUCAUCUUCACCUCCUAUUUAUAGCCACCAGAAGUAACUGCUUCGAGAAACUACUCUGCUGACGUGGAGUGGCGGUUACCCUCUCAACUUCUUCGACGGUUACCCUAACGUUGGAUGUGCCACCUUCUUCAGCCCUGACCCCCUCCUCUUGAGAUCUCACUCCGUACUCUUGGUAUCUCCUCCAUAGCGUCGCUUGUCUAUAGAGAAAAAAUGGCUAAGGCAUGAUGGAAUACCACGUGCCACAUAUGGGUGGGUAUUUGAAUCACAUGAAUUAAAAAUGACAAAAAUACUUCACCAAUAAGAGAGUAAAGAGACCACGUGGUCACAUGACCCCCUUGCCUUGGCCAUACCAUGGGGGUGUACGUUGGUGACCCCCUCACCAUACCAUUGGGGGGCAUCCCCCAUGGGGUCAUAUGGAUCACCCCACCACUAUAUCAUCCUCAUGAGAGCUGGCGUUGGUGACCCCUCACCCCCUGAUCAUACCAUGGGGGGUGCUAUGUUGGUGGUCCCCAGACCACCUCAUGGGGGGUGCUCCUUCCACCCUUAUCACCUUCCAUACUUAGCCACAUUUUACAUCUUCUCCCCCCGCCUUAGCUAAAUUCGGCCAUCACCCUCCUCACCAUGUCAUGGGGGUGGCAGUAUGAUGUCCACCCCCUUGUCACGUCCUGGGGGUGGUGGUAUGAUGGCCACCCCCUUGGUACCUCCUGGGGGUGGUGGUAUGAUUCCCACCCCCCUUGCCAUGUCCUGGGGGUGGUAUGAUGGUGGCCACCCCCCUUGGUACCUCCUGGGGGUGGCUACCAUACUCCUUGCCUUAGCCAAAUUCGGCCAUCACCCCCCUCACCACGUCCUGGGGGUGGUAUGAUGGUGGCCACCCCCCUUGGCAUGUCCUGGGGGUGGCUCCCAUACUUCAUGCCUUAGCCAAAUUUGGCAAUCGCCGCAAUCACCAUGUCAUGGGGUGGCACGGAGUAAUGGGCCCAAAAACCCAAUCCUCAUGGCUCACUCAACUUAUUUAAACUUAUAUGAUUAAGUUGGCCUUAUAAAACCAUUUAAUUCCUUGUUUUUAACCGAUGUGGUACAAGGUUAAUUUUUGGUGUAAACAAUUGCCCCCCCCCCCCAAACUAUUUAGUGCAUAAGAAUUAUGGACUAAGUAGUUUCACACCAACUAGGCCAUCAAACUCAAAUAGUUGGCCUUACAAUUUAAAUGACAAAAACAAUCCCAAUUUCUUCUCCUUUGCUGCCGUGUGGGAGGAAGGAAGGGAGUCAAACAUAAUUAUUUCAUAGUCCUUCCAUCUCGACACAACCGUGCCCCCCAUGCCACUGUGACCACCAACACUUAUGGUCACUCUUAAAUCACACGCCGUGGUAUCUUUUGAAGUUAUUGGGCUAGAACAAUAUCAUGCCCCUCUAGUUAAUCCAAACUACUACUAAUCAUACCCCAUGCCAUUCACCAUCACCUCCAUGUCUUGUCAUGGGGUAUAUGGUUCACACCUUAAAAAUUCUAAAGUUUGGCAUGGUUAGGCCACCUUAAUGGCCUGACAAUACGAGUAAUGAAUGAGGCUUACCAGU